AUGACACAUAAUUCAGGAUCCAAAGCCGCAGAAACCAUCUUACAUAUGGGCAUUCGUUCGAACCGUACCCUAGCUGAGGAACGCCAACGACAAGCUGAGGAACGCCAACGACAAGCUGAGGAACAUCAGCAGCAAGCAGAGCAGGAAAGGGACCAGGAAAGAGAGCAAACACGACAAACCACCUUUGCAGAGCUAAUUCGAUACUGUCACAACUGUACUUCUCUAUGCCUGAGAGUCGAAAGUCCGUCCCGUUCUACGACGGGAACGGUUCCGGCGCCUAAGGGGAAGCGCUGUCCGCUGCAACUUCUGCCUUGGACCGAGUGCACAGCCAUACAGCAAGAGAUCUAUCACUCCGUUUGUACUUAUUUAGCACCGCCUGGACAACCUGCUGCACAAGUGUAUCCGUCGCGUACUGUCCUAAAGGGGUUUGGGGAAGAGUUCAAGAAGAGAGCUAUAAUCAGUGAGCAGGAUCUGCAAAGCUAUGAGAGAUUCGGGGUGGAGAACCAUGUCCGUGAUAUUAUCGCGGAACUCUGCAGGAUACGUGCUGCUCGAGAGGAAUUUCAGUUAGGCAAUGGAAUUCAAUUCGAUAACCACGCAAAUGCCCUCGAUGCGGUUGACGCCGACCAGUCUAAAACAGAUAAAUCGGCGAAUUCCCGACCGGAUCAAUAUUGCAUCCACCGGGUCGACGGUGAUAAAAAUACAACUAUUAUGACAGUUGAGUACAAGCCGCCCCAUAAACUAUCCGUGGAGAAUCUUCGAGCGGGUUUGCGACAGAUGCAGUUCUGGGAUGAAGUGGUCAGACCGGACUCCGUUCCCACGGAGGGGCCUGAGAAACUGAGAUAUAAUGCGGCCUGGCUAUCCGGCUCGGCUGUGGUUCAGGAGUAUCAUGUCAUGCUCCAGGAAGGGCUCGAGUACUCAUAUCUGACUAAUGGAUUCGCAUUGGUUUUGCUGCGGGUCCCCUAUGAUAAUCCGGGCACCUUAUACUAUCAUCUCUGUGAACCCAACAUGGAAGUUAACCCGGAUGAUGAACUGGGUUCUUUACAACAGCCACUAACAGCUGUUGCUCGGGUCUUGUGUUUAUGCCUCAUGAGUUUCCGCUCACAAUAUCGUGACCAGGAGUGGCGGAAUGCCACAAAGAAGCUGCCAAAAUGGAAGACAAGUUUCGAUCAUACACGUUUCCAGAUCCCGGAAUCGGAAUUGCAACAAAACCCGCCCGAUUCAGAAUAUACAGCAUCGGAGUAUACGAGCUCCGAACCUACUACAUCAGAAUAUAUACCGUCUUCGUCUCCUGCUCCCCCCCCUGCUGACACCCGUCGAAUACCCACCCGGUCUCGAGCUAGCUGCGCGUGGCCGAAUCUGACACCACAUCAAGCUCCAGGAGGAAGAAAGCGUGGCCUCAGUCAGAUUGCAUCCUCUCCUUCAUCUCCAUCUGCUCAACGAUCAGCACAUCUGGCGGGAGAUCAAUAUACCCCAAUCGGCAGCCAAGCCUGCAACGAGGUGGUCAGCUGGAUGUUAAUUGCCCAAAUGUCGUGCUCCACCGACAGGGGGGGGGACAGCAGCCAACACCCCAUCAAUGCUAAAACGCUGAUCGAGCAACUCAAACAGCAACUAGAUGAAAAUAUCGACCGAGACUGUACACCAAUGGGGGGUUGUGGCGCAUCGGGAGUCCCAUUUAAAGUCACCUGUACGGCAUAUGGAUAUACUAUGGUCGGUAAAGGCACAACUCCCCGACGGUGGGAGGAGGUCAAACGUGAGGAAGUCGUAUACCGUGUACUCGACCAAGCACAGGCUUCUGCUGUUCCUGUUUUUCUGGGGGCAAUCGAUUUGGCCAAAUCCUACUUCGUACAUGGAGCUGGCGAGAUCUGCCACAUGCUCAUCAUGGCCUGGGGGGGUGAGCCCAUACAUAAGAUAGAGCGUGAUACUACGAUCACACGUGAGAUUGCGAGGUCUGAGAAGGAGAUCUGUUCCUUGGGAGUCUCACACCAGGACCUCCGGUCGGACAAUAUUCUGUGGAACGCCGAGCUGGGACGGGCCCUGAUCAUUGACUUUCACUGCUCGAAACUGAAUCACCGACCUAUGAAAAGGCGGGUGAAGUCAGCCGGGAAACAUUCGUAUAGAGAACUGCACAAGCGAAAACGACUUUGUAUUGUCUAA